AUGCGCGUCGCUUCUGGGGUAGCUGAACUCAUUGGAGACCCAGCGCCUGAAACUAAAGAUUUCUACUUCCAACAAACUAUGUUACGCAUUAAAGACCCAAGAAAGUCGUUGCCUUUCUAUACCAAAGUGCUUGGAAUGAGACUAUUGAAGCAAAUGGACUUCGCUGCUGGUCAGUUUUCGCUCUAUUUUAUGGGUUAUAAAAAUGCUGAUGAAAUUCCGUCCGGAGAUAAUGAGAGGAGACAUUUUGCGUUGUCUACGUUGGCUACAAUAGAACUUACUCACAACUGGGGAACUGAAAAUCAACCAGAUUUCAGUUACCAUAAUGGAAACAAGGAACCUAGAGGAUUUGGACACAUCGGCAUUGUUGUCCCGGAUGUAGAAAAAGCAUGUGAACGAUUUGAAAAGAUGGGGGUGCAGUUCAUCAAGAAGCCUCAAGAUGGAACAAUGAAAGGAUUGGCAUUUAUCCAGGAUCCGGAUGGUCAAGUAUUCGGCACUGAAGCCCCUCCUGAGCGGUAUGUGCGCACCUGCUUCCAGCGCUUCAAAGCCGAAAACAAGAAACUCGAAGGUGAGCUUCGCUCUGGUCGACCGACUGCGAUAUCGUUCGACGAACUGAAGAAUCUGGCGGAGCAGCAUCCAUAUGAAGGUGUGCGAUGCCGCAGAUUCGACUGGCAGAACACCAUUGUCACUGGAGAUGAAAAAUGGGUCCCCUACGUCAACCACACCCACAAACGUGCCUGGUGCGCUGGCGAUGAAAUGCCGGAUCCUUUCGCGAAAGAUGAAAUCCAUGAGAAGAAGGUCAUGCUGAGCGUCUGGUGGGAGUUCAUGGAAUCUAUCGUUUCGAACUGCUGCCGGACAACACGACAGUUACUGUCGAGGUCUACUGCUCAACUGCAAAGACUGGCCCACAAGAUCCGCAAGGAGCACCACAUUCCCUCAGGCCAACUGUGUCGGAUUUCUUUAUCCGUUUCUUAG